CACGUACAGAGAUGAAGCCAUGAAGAGCCAGCAGAAGGAAUAAUAAUGCUUUUCCGAAACCGCUUUCUGUUCCUGCUGGCCUUGGCAGCCCUACUAGCCUUUCUGAGCCUCAGUCUGCAAUUCUUGCACUUAAUCCCGGUAAACCCYGUCAGGGAAGAUGGGCUGAAUCCUAAGAGCCGGAAGAGAAUAAUGCCUGAUUUGCUGACCGAGCCCCCUGCAAUAGACCCUGUUUAUGAAGCUYACGUUUACUGUAACAUUCCCAGCAUCGCCGAACGCAGCAUGGAGGGUCACGCACCCCACUAUUUUAAACUAGUGUCGGUUCAAGUGUUGAUUCGACACGGUGAUAGAUACCCWCUCUACGCCAUUCCCAAGACCAAGAGACCUGACAUUGACUGCACGUUGGUGCCUGGCAGGAAACCUUCUCAUCCUCAGCUUGAAGCUUUCAUUAAACAUAUGUCCAAAGGGGCUGCAGCCCAAAUGGAUGGUACCCUCAGCAGCCUGCCCCGCUACCCCAGUCACUCCUUGUGUGAAAUGGGUGAGCUUACACAGACAGGAGUGGUGCAGCACUUGCAAAAUGGACAGCUAUUGCGGGAGAUCUAUAUAAAGAAGCAUAAACUGCUGCAGAGCGACUGGGCAGCAAAGCAGCUCUACCUGGAGACGACGGGGAAGAGCCGCACGCUGCAGAGCGCCCUGGCCCUGCUCUACACAUUCCUGCCGGAUUUCGACUGGAAGAAAAUCACCAUGAGACAUCAGUGGAGCACCAUCUUCUGCUCUGGAAGCUGCGACUGCCCUAUGCGAAACCACUACCUGGAAGAGGAGCAGCGCCGGCAGUACAGCCUACGGGUGAAGAACAACAAUUUGGAGAAAAUAUACGUGGAUAUGGCCAAGAUUGUAGGCAUUCCCACCAGGCAGCUGAGGGCUUCUAACCCGAUAGAUUCUCUCCUCUGCUAUUUUUGCCAUAAUGUUAGUUUUCCAUGCACUAGCACUGGCUGCAUUGGGAUGGAACAUUUUAAAGUAAUCAAGAGACACCAAUUAGAAGAUGAAAGAGAAAGACAGGAGAAGAAAUUGUAUUUCUUGUACGCACUGUUGGCUACGCACCCUCUCCUCAACCAGACUGUUAACCGGCUGCAGCGUAUAGCAGAAGGCAAGAAGGAAGAAGUAUUUGUUCUUUACUCUGCACACGAUGUCACAUUGUCACCUGUUCUCAGUGCCUUGGGCAUUACUGAAGCCAGAUUUCCAAGAUUUGCAGCCAGAUUAGUCUUUGAGCUAUGGCAGGAUGGGAAGAAACCCAAAGAGCACUUUAUCCGCAUCCUCUACAAUGGUGCUGAUGUCACAUUCCAGACCUCCUUCUGCAAGGAUUAUUACAAGCAUUCCAGCAAGCCCAUGUGCCCGCUAGAAAAGUUUGUUAAUUUUGUCAAAAGGGAAAUGUUCUUGGUUUUUAAUAGUACUAGCUACUAUGAUGCAUGUCGUAGAAGACCGCUGUAAGGAAGUGAAAAGGAAGCAGUGUUACCUUGUGUAUCAGUGAGAGUCUCGUGUAUCUUUUCUGGUAGAGAGAAGUAUCAGUCUGAUCAUUUCUUGUACUUGUUUGUGUAAGUACAAAAGAAUAUGGCUUGAAACGGUCUUCAGGUAGUUUUAUUUCCAUGCAAAAACCAUAGAUGGUCUCCAGUAGAAGAACCGAGGGAGUAUUGUGUAUAUGUGUGUUGUGUUAACUGUAAUGAAUUGAUAAACCACAUGGGCUACUGUAACCUGGUUGUUGCUUGACAAAAAAAGCUAGAGAUUUGGUUUCUCUGAAUUCCAGAGCAAUACUUGUACACCAUGAGUUUAAGAAGGAAAAGGUUCUUUUUUUUUCUUCCCUACCACCACGUGAUAGUCAUUUUAAGCCUUAUAAAUGCCUUAAAUUCCAGGCAUCUGUAUGAAACCUUUUGUAAGAGUUGCUUAAACUUGCUCCUUACAAAGAGAUACUUUUUACUCUUUUACAGGACAGAUUUUUAAGAGUGCAUAUGUACCUGUGCACAUUCCCCUGGGCAUGCUCAUAGGAGUGGGUGUAUUUUUGUUCACAGACCUCUAAAUAUUUGGCUUCUGUUGUCCGUGCCAGAGAAAGGUAUCCUGGAAAACAGACACAAAACUCUUUUCUUUGCUCGCACUUUUAGCACUUUGAGUAAUUCAAACACAGUCUAGAAACAUGUAAAGGUCUUCUGACCACCUUUAAAACAGACAGAUAGUGAAUACUAACAGUACCACUAAAUCUGAGUGAGAUUAGGACUAUAAAUCAAUUUUAUGGUGAAGUGUUGCAUCCUUUCCCAUUAGGAACACUCUGGAGCUGCUGUGCUGUGGAACAAAUCAGUGUUUUAGGAAUUUGAUAUAGUGGCUGCUUGAGACAGCUUGACUAAACACUAAGAAAUUUUGUAGUUCAGUUAGUAUUUUUAUGGACUAGGAAGCUCUUAUUUUGUAAGACCAGACUUGUACAUAUUGUACUGUGUAUAUUUAUAACACAGUAAAUCUUUCGUACUUGUUGAGUUUGUGAAGAGCUGUGAAAAGCUGACUCUUGGACAUUUUUCCCUCAUUUGGGAUGUAUAGAUUAAAUUGUCUUUUAUGGGUAAUUUGAACAACCCCAGUAGAUACAAAAACUUGUAUUUUAAACUGCUUUCAUCUUUAGGAGUAGCAAAUGGAGAACCAAUUUUUAAUAGAAGUGUUUGAAAACGAUUUUCAUUACUAGAAUAUUAAAUUUUAUAAUUGUGAAGCUUUUCA